CUCUCGAGUCGCUUUGCUCUCAUUGACACUAUUCACUCUUCUUGCCUGAUAACCCCAAGACGCCAUAAACGAUGCCAUGCACGACAAGUCAUGGUCACUGCGUUCAGCUACAUACGUCUGGUCUCUCCUGGGCGUACUCCUAUCUUGCUUCGUCUACCGGUCAUUCAACUUGGAUCAGACACAGUCGGGCAGCUGGGGUUGCGAGAUGAGCUGGAUGACUCCUUCUUAUCUCAAGAUGGAAUGGUCCGAUUCUCCCAUCGCAAAGUAUAGCUUGUUCCUCUACAGAGAAGUCGGAUGGGAUACAAUCAACCCUUCAGGUCAACCUGUCCUCUUCAUUCCUGGCAACGCCGGCCAUUACAAGCAGGCGAGAUCCAUCGCUUCUUCCGUCAUACGUCAGCGGAUGGAUCAUUCUGGUCAGCUCAACCAUGAAUUGCAGACUUUGAAAGGAGUUGAUGUCUUCACAGCUGACUUUAAUGAAGAACUUUCCGCUUGGCAUUCCCAAACUCUGCGAGAGCAAGCUACUUUCGUUGUGGGAGCCAUCCACCGAAUCCUUGGCGAAUAUGAUCACUUGCCCUUUCAACAUCGACCGACCCAGAUCAGCCUCAUAGGACACUCCAUGGGGGGAAUCGUCGCCAGACUUGCGCUCACCAUGCAAGACCCCAAACUCGUCGACGUCGUCAUCACCAUGUCUACACCUCAUUUAUUUCCUCCUGCACCCCUUGAAUACGACAUGGAGGCUAUCUAUAACUUGAUAAACUCGCAACAAGUCAAUGCGGUGACACCCGUUCUGGUCUCUAUUUGUGGGGGCGUCGCUGACACCCAAAUCGUUUCCGAUGCUUGCAGUCUUCCUCCACAAUAUACGUCUGCCGGCGUCGGUGUCACCGUCUUUACAACCAGUAUGCCUGGAGUGUGGACACCAGUCGAACAUCAAGCUAUGGUCUGGUGUCAUCAGGUCCGCUGGCGCAUCGCUCGAACACUACUGUACAUGGGCAACUCCACCUCCAGGUCGGAGAAGCUGCUUGUCGCCCAACGAUGGCUUGUAGGCGAUCAGAGCUUGCCAUUCACUCCACAUCCGAUAUCAAACUCCGACGUGAUCCAUACUUUCAUCGUCACAUCGCAAAACAUGACUGUCACCGCCCAACCCAAGGGCUUCGACUGGAACGACGGAAGUCCUGUCUCGAAUGUCGAAUGGUGUCCCACAGAUUCCGUCUGUCAACCCAUUCCCCAUCGCUGGGAAGCCAUCCCCUUCCCGGCCGACGAUUCUGCUCCUUUCCCUCUUCCUGGGGAAGGGUGUCAACCCGGCGACGUGGCUUGGGUGGUCACGGUUGGUCUACCUGAGAUUGUCGGUACACUGCGAUUGGGUACACGUUCUAAUGUCGAGGUUUCUAGGGGCCCACAUCUCACUACGUUAGGUCACAUUUUCCGUGAGCCAUGCCUUAGUACGACUAGACACCUCUGA